AUAGAAAAAAAAAAAAAUCUCAUUAUAUACGUUUUCGGCAAAGGUAUUAGUAGAUCACGUUGUUUACAAAUAGUAGGUAUUCUUAUCCUCAACCGUGGUUGUUAAAUCUGGACGGCCGAUAUGAACCAUGGGCGCACAUAUACACAGCAUUCAAUACAAGUUUCCCGCUCCCUCCAUUGCUCAAGGUCCUCGCUAUCUUCCUUUUGCCAUGGCGGAACAAGAACCAGAAACCCUAACUAUUUACAAGGCCUGUAGGACCAUAAAGAAAAGGAACAACACUCUCUAUAAUUCUCUCAGAUCCAUAUACGAGGACUCUCUCUUUGUCAAUGAAAUUGCUUCAAUUUGGCCUGAAGUGCCAUUGGUUGCGAACCUUCGCUGUGGUCUCUGGUAUUCUCAGAGAUUUGAUGCCACCUGCUACUUCAAGUCCACCGAUGGCCACACUGGGAACUGGUCUUUCAGCACUUCUCGUCUCAAUCUACAUCUUGCUGAACUUGCAGCACAGAGGGGUGGGUGUAUCAUUGUUGAUUCUACUCGAAGAGGAAAGAGAUUUCCUGACAGCAUGUCGAAGACAAUACCCAUAUGGACAUGCGUAUUGAAUAGGGCUAUAAAAUAUUAUUUCAAGGACAGGUCCAAGCACAAUAUGAUAGAAGAACAGGUUUCGAACAAUUGUCUUGGUGGAGCUACUGAUAUGAAGGAUGUCUCCCAAGAUUGGGAUUGUUCAUUACAUCUCCCUUUAUGGGUUUCAAAAACUGAGAAAGCAGCUAUUGAGAAUUACCUCGAUGAAUGGAUGAAACUAUUGGAAGCUAGUGGUGCAGAUCUUACUCCUCUUGUUAACUCCUUGGAAAAGCCCUUAAGGCCACUAUGGAUUUCUCAGAGGACGGUCAUUUGGUUAAAUGAAGUCCCUGAUUAUGACUCAUGGAAUUUCACUCCUAUCAUUCUUGUUUCUGCUUCCUGCUCAAUGGAUAGAAUUCAACAGAAGUGUUCAUCAGAGUAUAGUUGGCAUUAUAUAGCAGGAGCUGGAGAUGAUGAGGAAAGUUGGGCACGAGGUUUAACUCCAAGUCUUUUUUGGAGGUAUUCAUUUGACCUGAUUCAUUCUGGACCUGAUAUGUGCAAUCAAAAGGUAGCUGAUAUUGUGGAAAAGGACAGAGUUUAUCGCACUCAAAGGGGGGCGACUACUGUCCAAGUUAAGCUUAAACCUCAGAAAUUGUUAACAAGUGAUAUUGAAAGCACGAACGCUGGAGGUAGCAAUUCUUAUUCACAAGAUAAUUGUGAAAAUUUGAAGAAACAUGAUAAUUGUGAAAAUUUGAAGAUACAUGCAAGUCUAAAAUCCUCUAGAAGAGAUUGUCCUUUUUAUUGGCUGGGAUCAACUAAUCUUGCCGUUGGGGCCGCAGACCAAGUAAAUGCGGUAAAGGACGUAGAUUGUUUGUUGAUCUGCGGUAGCAUAUCAGAAUCUCUCUCACUUCCAAGCACUGAUGCCUAUCUUUGCCUUCCUAUAGUGGUGUGUAAGAACUCAAAAAUGGAUCGGUUUUCCUUACUAAGCAAUCUCCCAAGCGCAGUCAAAUUUGCUCAAUUGAAUUUGAAUAGAGGGAAACGCAUCCUAGUAUGUUGCGAUAAUGGUGAAGAUAUAAGUGUGUGUGUAUGUCUCGCUAUUUUGACAUCAUUAUUUGAUGAAAGAGGAGUUUACAAUGAUGGUGAGGCAUUUAAACAAAUGUGUAUUACAAAGUGGGAGAUGCGCCGCCGGCUAGUAUACAUCUGCAAGUUUGCAAUAAAUGCGCGCCCAUCGCGAGGAAAUUUGAAACAGGUUUACAGUUUCCUUAGCCAAGAUAAAACUUGCCUGCCACCAUGAAAUCAGUCCAAUAUGGAGUGGUGAGAAAUUGGAUUUGAAGCUUGAUAUCGACCUGUUUGGGUUCAUAUCAGCCGGAUUUCCUUGAAUAUUCAUGGUCAAAAAUAAAUAAAACAACCAAGUGGUUGCAAGACA